UUGCAUUUUGUUUGAUUGACAGACAAAUGACAGCAAAAGCUGUCGAAGUUUGCCGAAAUUUACGAAUUUUCUUACAAAACCGUGAAAUGUUGUGUUAACAGAAUAUUUGGUUGCGAAAGUAACUUACAAUCGAGGUGAAAGGCAUAAGAUCUCUGAUUUCUAGUGCCUCGUAACUGCAUAUAACCUAAAAUGCUUCGGGUACCGGUUAGAAGGGGUUUCGUUCACCACCAGCCCGGGGUUCGCUUUCAAUCGUCCAGCAGCUUCAUACGGAGUAGUUUUAUAGACUAUUUCCAGAGUAAACAUGGCCACAAGUACGUCAAGUCUAGCUCCGUGGUCCCUCUGUACGAUGCCAGUGUUCCUUUCGUUAAUGCUGGCAUGAACCAGUUCAAAGGAGUAUUCCUUGGUAAAAUAGCAGCGCCAUGCCUCAGAGCGGUGAACUCACAGAAGUGUGUGAGGGUUGGCGGUAAGCACAAUGAUCUGGACGUAGUGGGCACUGAUGGACAUCAUCACACCUUCUUCGAAAUGCUCGGCAACUGGUCUUUUGGUGAUUAUUAUAAGAAAGAAGCAUGUAAAAUGGCCUGGGACCUCCUCCUAGGUCCAUACCGACUGAAGCCGGACAAGUUGGUGGUGACAUACUUCAUGGGGGAUGCUGCUAUGGGACUGAAGACUGAUACGGAGUGCAGGGAUAUCUGGAGGGCUAUUGGUGUUGCAGACAGCAGGUUACUAGAGAAAGGGUCUAAAGAUAACUUCUGGGAAAUGGGCGCGACCGGGCCAUGCGGCCCGUGCACUGAAAUACAUUAUGUCAACCCUGAUGGCUCCCUGACGGAAAUAUGGAACCUUGUGUUUAUACAGUGUAAUAGAGGAGAAGACGGUAAAGUGAAGCCUCUGUCCAAACAUCAUGUGGACACUGGCAUGGGCUUAGAACGCAUGGCCGCCAUACUGCAGGGCGUGCCUUCUAACUACGAUACGGACCUGUUCCUACCCAUCAUCAGAGCGAUAGAGAAGAACAGUAAAGGCGUGAACCCUUACGGCGGUAGCUACCGAGAGGACGCAACACUGGACGCCGCGUACCGACGUCUAGCGGACCAUAUACGAAUGAUCAGCAUUUGUUUGGCUGAUGGCGUGUUUCCAGCUUCUAGUCUAAACCUCAAACAAAUAAUGCGAAAAUCAUUCAAAAUAUCUACCGACGUGUUCCAAAACCCGAAACUUCUUCGUAUCCUAUACGACGAGGUGGCCGAAAGCCUGGGGUCCACCUACCCUGAACUCCUGGCCAAGGAAGAAGACGCUAAGCUCAUCAUUGACCAUGAGGAGCAGGCUUACGCCAGGAUGCGCUCUGGCCUGAUGAAGAAGUGGAAAGACCUGGUGAAGCAGUAUCCUGAGGUGGAAGCUUUGAGUGAUGUGGAGUUAGCAGGGUUCCAUUUGGGAUAUAAGGAGUUGAAAGAGACGAUGUCGAAAAUAGAUUCGAAAGAAAUUCCAGGCGAUCUGGUGUUCAAACUUUACGAUACGCACGGCUUCCAAGAAGACGUGAUCAGACGCAUCGCUGACCUCAACGGCCUCACCAUCGACAAGCGAGGCUUCUGGAAGCUUCUCUCCAAGCACAGAACGAGGCAUAAGACCGCCUUCAAAGAACAAGCGAAUAACAAAGACCAGCUGUUUAACGAAGCUAUAAAAACCAUGAACAAAAAUGGCUACAGCUACACAAACGACACCUUCAAAUACGACUACGCAGCCAACGGAAAGAAUAUCCAGUUCAAACCGCUCAAAACCAAAGUUAUAGGCAUUUUAAACGAAGAAUGCGUCUUUCUAGACUUUUUGGAAGCAUGCGAAGAUGCACCUUAUUACAUAGUGACUAAAGACACAAAUUUCUACUGCGAGGAAGGUGGUCAAGCGGCUGAUGAAGGCAUUAUAUACGUGAAUGACAAUGUGGCUAUGCAAGUGGACAGUGUGUUUAAGCUCCAAGGGUUUGUGUUUCACAAGGGGUACUUUGCGGUUGGGGGCGGUAGUAGGAAGUGUGUGAACUGUGAUAUGGAAGUGACACUAGAAAUUGAUGAAGAUAGACGUUUGAAACUGAUGCAGAAUCAUACAGGAGUGCAUCUGUUGAAUGCGGCGGUUAGACAGGUGCUGCCCAGGAGUGCGGUGUGUCCCACGGGGUCUAGUGUGACGGAUAAGGGCCUUACUCUGCACUUGUCGGUCUAUGGAGAUAAAUUGUCGCAGAAUGUCAUUUUGGAUGUGCAGAACCUUAUUAGGGAAUCAAUAAGCUGCAACGCGCCAGUAGAGACCCGCAUCGUAGACAGCGUCCAGCUGACCCGAGAAAGCGGAGUGUUGAGCAUCCCCGGCGAGACCUACCCCGAGCUGGGCCUGCGCCUCGUGUGCGCGGAGCCCCCGCUACUCUCCAAGGAACUAUGCUGCGGCACCCACGUGCCGUCGACAGGCGUGCUGGAAGAGUUCUGCAUCACGCUGGUGAAGGGUGCCGGGGGGCAGAGCCCUACGCUGCACGCGCUCACCGGGGAGCGGGCUAAACAGGCCCGCGAACUAUUCUGCCGAGCAGAGAAACUGGACCAAGUAAUAGACCUGAUAGAGCCAGAACGCAAAAAGGAAGAGGUUUCUCUUAUCAAGCAACAGCUGGCAGAGUUAUGUGGUGGUAAUGGAGCGCCUUACGGGGAAUACGCCAAGUGUUUGGCGCUUCUAGACAGCUUCGCCAAUAGAGCGGUCAAUAAGAACGAUCAGGCGCUGCAUGCUAUAGCCGAGGCCGAAGUCCAGGAAGUGGUCUCGCAAGCAGCUCAAGAGGGUCGCCGCUUCGUGGUGCACUUCCUCCGCUGUUCGUACCUGAUGCAGAGCGAGGGUGUCAGAGCCGUGCUGGCGGAGAGGCACAGCAUGCCCACCAUGGUGCUGGGCUGUGCGGGGGGAGUGCUGGUCGCCGCGUGUACUGUGCCGCAGGAGCUGGUGACGUCGUCGUUCUCAGCGCACAGCUGGCUGGCGUGCGCGGCGCGGGCACUAGGGGCGCGACCGCAGGGAGGGGCGUCAGCCACCACACUCGCCGAGAUGACGCCUACCAAGGUGAGCCUAAUAAACUGCGAGCAACUAGUCCAAGACGCAAUGCGCGUCGCCAUCAAGUUCGCUAAAUCCCACAUUAAGGAGAACACGGAAGAUUCUAGAACGACGCAGACUAGACAACAGAACUGAAAGCAUAAAUUAUGAAUAAUACUUUUUAUUUUGAGACUGUGAGUUUGUUCAACUAAGAUCUUUUAGGGGUACCGAUUUUUUUGUGCAGUUGACAUUUAGCUGAUGAAGCUAACAAUUUUCAAAGAAAAAUAGCAUUUUUUGUACUGACAGACAGAAUUGUCAACUACUCCAAAAAAGGUAAGAUACAAAAAUAUGAAUAUGAGUUAAAAUGAAUAGUUUCAACUAUUCGAAUUUAUUCAACGUCUUAGCAUAAUAUUAUACAAACUUGGGAAAUAUUUAACUCAACCCGAGUUUGGUGAACAAAAUAAAAGUUGUCUGUCCUAUUGAUUAAAUUCUAUCUUUUUAUCUCAAUAUAUGCCGCCUUAAAACAUUUAUAAAGUCAAUAAAAGACAGUCGGUUCGGCAGCUUGGCUGGCUUUGGCCGAUGUUAAAUUACUUCAAUAGAUUUUCAACCUUAUCGCAAUAGUUAAAAGUUUAUGUUCGAAUGGCAAAAUUGUACAGAUUCAGGUUGAACUGCUGGCGUCUGUACAAGGUAAAAAAAUAUUGCGUUAUUCUGUAAAAAUCUCGCGCAUUAAUAGAAUCGAUAAAAUGUGUGCGUCAGAAACACUGCUAGGAUAUGAUAAAAUCUGGAUUUAUUGAAAAUUGUUUAGUAUCAUUUUUAUUUAUUAUGUCUAUUUAUCCUAAAAAGUUAUACAAUAAUUUUAAUAAUUCAAUGUUUUAUUUUUACAAUAUUUAUGAGACUAGGGAAAUGUAUUUUGGAAUUUGUUUCGAGUCGUUUACUUGGUUUAUUUUAUCUGUGGCACCGAUCAGUUAGAUUAUACAGCCAAGAAACACGUACAGUCAGUGCAAAAAGUUGUUCGGAUUUCAGAAAAAAAUAUUUUCGCGUUAACAAUAUUAUUUUAAAUGAACUUUACCUAAUAUAAUAUUUUGCAGUUGCAAGCCGACUUAUAGUUUUCGAAUAUCCUGUUUACACAUGACUGUACUGUUGGUACUACAUAAAGACAUAAUUAUUGUAUUUUUAACUACAUAUAUUGAACUGCCUUAUUAAUAUUAGAAUUUGAAUGAAAUUCGAAAUGUAUAGUAGCAAGUCUUCCUGUAAAUAAAUUAGUGUCUACCUCUAUUUUUUGUAAAUAAAACACGUUACAAAG